AUGAUCGCCUCCCACACGGCCGCGCUAUACACCGCAGUCCACCGAGCCCUCACCGCCGACCUGCCAGAGCUGCUCCGCCUCGCCGCCGAUGCCCUUGCCACGGUGCCAGCACCGCCUGACCUCGCCGGAUGGUCCGAGCUAACACGGGAGGAGCUCUUUCGUCUUGCGCCCGUCUGCGGCUCCCUCGUCGUCCUCUUGUUUGGACUCCCUGCCUGUGUGCUGUGCGAGCCGCGAAUUGGCAGGACCGGCGAAUACUGGCUCACCCGCGUCGCCCUGCUCCGCGGCAUCGGCCUUCUUUACGUCUUCGCCUUUGCUUCGAGCGCGAUGCAAGGACGGGCGCUGUUCGGUGCGAGAGGGCUCUUCGCACCCGCGACCGGCUCUUCGGGACCAACGCCGGCCCUGGACCUGCUUGCCGGCGCCGGCGUGGGCUCAGCCGACGCGCGCGUCGAGCUCGCCUCCCUGUGUGGGCUGCUGCUCUCUCUCCUCCUCGCCUUCGGAGGGCCUCGCUUCGCGCUGUGGGCGCCGCUGCCCGCCAGCCUCUGGCUUCUGCACCUCUCCCUCGUCAACAACGCCUCGCGCCUCCUCCCGGCCCACAGCUGGGAGUGGGCCGCGCUGGAGCUCGGCUUCCUCGCCAUCUUCCUCGCGCCCGAGUGGCCUCCUUCGACGCUGUACCCGCGGCUGCUCCCGCCCCCCUCCGCGGUGCUCCUCCUCUUCCGGUGGCACCUCUUCCGCCUCCUGCUCGGCGCCGGCCUCUCCCGGCUCGCCGACCACUCCCCCUCCUGCUGGCGGCGCCUCGACUGCGCCGCGGCGCACCACGAGACGCAGCCGAUGCCGACGCCCCUCGCCUGGCUGCUGCACGGGAUGCCUGCGAGGUGGCGCGCGGCAGAGGCGGCCGUCUCUCUCGCCGCGCUGAUCCUCGCCCCCUUCGCGGCGCUGCUGCCGUCGCGCGCCGCGCGCCUCGCGACCUUCUGGAUCGAGGCUGGCGUGGGCUCGAUGGCGAGCGGCAACGUUGGAUUCGCCAACUGGGCCGCCCUCGUCCCCGCCCUCGCCCUCCUCGACGACGCCGCCCUCGCGCCCUUCUUCGGCGCCGCAGCGGCGGACGCCGCCGCCGCCGCCGCCGCACAGGCGGCCGCGCUCACCGCCGCGCCGCCGCCGCCGAGGCCGAAGCCGCCAGCUUCGGCAGCCACUGCUGCCUCCACCGCAUCCACCUCCAUGGCCGGUCCGAGGCGGCGCCGAGGUGGCGGCGCCGGGCCGGCGGCGGCGGGCGGCGGCGGGGCGCUGCGAGCGUGCCGGCGCGGCGCGUGCGUUGCCUACCGGCGCGGCCGCGCAGCAGUGCAGGCUUGCCUCCUCGGCCUCGUCUGCGUCAAGUCGCUCUCUCCGCUGGCUGCGCUCUUCUCGCCCGCGCCGCAGCCGCAGCACUACGACCGCUGGUUCCUGGUCAACGCCUAUAGCGGCAGCUUUGGCGGCGACGCGGUGCACGCGCAUCGAGUCACCCUCGCCCUCGACUACUCGAACGACCCCCUCCUCGAGCAGGAGCCGCUCCGCGCCGCGCUCGCGCCGCACCAGCCCGCGCCCCGCUGCACGGACCAGCCCGGCCCGGUCGGCAAGGACGAGAGGGGCGCCUCGUACACUUGCGCGCAGCUCGCGCGGGCGAGCGCGUGCAGCACCGACAAGCUGCGCGCGACGUGCCCGCUCGCCUGCGGCGUGCCGCGCUGCGACGGCAGGGUCGCCCUGCCCGACGCCCUCGUGGCGCGCGUCGGGGCGGGUGACGACUACGGCCGUGACGCGCUCGGCCGCAAGACGGAGGGCGGAGAGGUCUGGUCCGCAGUCGCGGCGCGUCUCGAGUCGGUCGGCGAGGCGGCGAGCGGGGCGGGCGGCGAGCCGCCGCCACUCGUCGAGCUGCAGCUGCCCGGCUUCGUGCUCGAGCUCGUCCGCAGGCUGCUCGACGGCGACGCGGACGCGGUGCAGCUGCUCGCGACGCGGGCGCGCGGCGCGCUGCGGCGCCCGCGGCGGAACUCGAGCGUGCGGGGGCGGGCCUACGGCGUGGUGGGUCCAGCCGCCAUUCGCGCGCGGCUGUGGGUCUAUCGCUUCUCCUCCCUGGCCGCGCUCUUGCAGCGCGGGGAGUGGUGGGAGCGCGAACCGCUCUCGUCGCCCGCCAUCUACAGCCGCCGCCCCCGCCCUCGCAGCCCCGCGGCGGCGAAGGCGUCGGCCACGGCGGGGACGGAGCAGGCAGCCACAGAGGAGCCGCCGCCGCUGCCUCCGAGGGCCUUGCCGUGGGUGCGGCAGCGGCUUCUCCAGCUCUCCACCGUCGGCGCGGCGGUGGCCAUCGACGGAGUGGUGCACUCCACGGCGCCGCUCCUCAUGGCUGCCGCGCUCGCCCUGUACUCCACGCUGCUCCUCCUCGCCGGCGUGGCAGACUACGGCGGCGUCGACGCGGUCGCAGCGCCGGCUCUCGCACGGAUGGGCGCCUCCGCCGCCCACAUCGGCGCAGCCAUCGGCGCCCUCGACGUCUCGUCGCCCGAGCGGUGCGUCGCGGCAGUCUGGAAGCUCGUCGCUACAGCCGCCGUCGUCGCGACGACGUGUCUCCUCUGGGCGGUGGGCUGCAGCUCGGGCACCUGGAGGGCGGCGAUAGUCGCGCAGCUGCGCUUGCCGCCUCGUCAGAUGGCGGCGCUGGUGCUGCUACCCGUGCUGAUAGGCUGGCAUGCAUGGUCGGGCUGA